CGUGACUUAAAUGCUAAACAAUAUUGCAGAACGUGGUGUAAGUAGAUAAUAAAAGCAAUAACACUUGCCAUGCAAAAUUUGCACAUGGAUGCUGAGAAGUCUGACACCGUUAUACGAGCUCGUUUAAAUAAAAUAAACGAAUUGUCGGAGAUUUUGAAGAAUAGCGAUCGUUUCAUUGAAAAAAUUUCGCAGAGAUUCAAAUGGAACGCGGAAAGUAGAUCACAGAACGAGGGAAGUGAUGAGUGGAUGCUCCAUAAGCAGCCUAUGAUGAGAUCGUGUGACUUGGAAGGCAACAAAAGUUCAAAAAAUUUUUAUGAGAAUUCGAAUGUGGUGAUUUCUCUGGAAAGAAAAGAUACAGAUUCAAAAGAGCAACUAAUACCAGCCCAGCUUCAACCAUUUGCUUUCACUCCAGAAGAAAGAUUACACCAAUACAAUUUGGAUGUUAACAUGUCAAAGUCAAAGCGUGAGGCUGAUCAUAAAAAAGUGCACUGUGAUCUAAGUGAAUUGACGAACCUUGACGAUAAAGAAGAAACACCGAUCGAAGGUAAAAAGUCGGAGUUAGAAAUUCUUGCCGAACAGCGAGAUUACAAGAGAAGACGGCAAUCUUAUCGCGCCAAAAAUGUCCAUAUUACGAAGCGUUCCCCUCUAGAGAUUACUCGAGAAAUCAUAAACAACAGAAUGCAAGAAUUGCAGAGCAAUGCUGCAGAGUUUCGAAGUGGCAAACGAAAGUCUACGUCGGAGGAUUGAAAUACGUCGUUCGUGAGUGAGCCGAUACUCAUUGUGCGUCAGUGGUGGCUUAUGCUGGUAGUCGACCAUUGUGUAUCGUAAACAUGUGCACACUCCCCGGAAUUACGGGAAAUUUUGUUACAAUCUAAUAAAUUUUCGUCUCUUUCACAUCACCUUACCGCCAACUACCGCGAUGCUCGUGAAUAAGUUUAGGUGCACUCCUUUGUGAAAUGAGAACUACAUAUAUAUCAUUCAAUCAUGAUGCGAUUUUUUCUGAGUUAAAUCUUGACUUUUCAAAAUGAUUGAUUAAAUUACGAAUGAACAUAUCAACUUUUCGACGAACUUUUUCAUACAGUUACAGUCAGUUGAUAUUUCGAGUUUAUAAUAAUUACUCCGCCCUUCCGCCCCCUAUGUACAUACCUGUGCUUGAAAGUUGAAUAAACAGCAAGAUUGCCUUAUAAGCUACAACUCAAAACGAAUAACUUCAAAGUAAAAUCCUUUCAUUUCCCAUCUCUCUGCGAAGUUAUAGAGUUUGGGACUUGUGGAGUAUAAUUUCGCUAGAAGUGAAAGAAUUUUUCUUCGCAUUAUUCGUUCAUUUUUUCAGUAGCUAGGUUAUGGCAUGUCAGCGUUUUAGGUUGUAGCUUAUUGCUCUAAAGAUGACUCAUUACUUUCAGUAUUAUAUAGUUUUCAUGCAUUGAGUCUUCUCUUAAUGAUAGUUAUAUAUGUAAAAUGAAAUGUAUAAAAACGUGUCUAUGUCUUUAACACAAA